AUGAGGUGCAGAUUUUGCAGUCCUGCUGGAUCAUACAUAAUGGUAGGGACUCGUGAAACGUCUCCUAUCGUCUGGGAUACACAGUCUUUGGGGAUUGAGACCAAGGCUGAUUGUCACAGUCAGCGACUUGUGUUUGCUCAUCUUUAUGGGCUCUCUCCGUACUUACGACACUUUUAUGUGUGGUGCACUCUUGCCGUCGACUCUCACACCAGACACACCACACCACUAGCGUUUGAACGAUCGUCCUCCUGUUCUGGCGUAAUUGUUCCGGUGAGUCCACACCAAAGGGACGCACUGGACUCGAGUUUCGCUCUUAUUAGAGCCUAUCAGCAACUCAUAUCCAAUGGCUGCCCCGGGAUUUGA